AAACACAAUGCUAGAAUGAAGGCUCUUGCCAGCAUGACCGACAAGAGCAAGCAGUUCACACUCAUUCUGGAUGACGAAAACCAGACCAAACCCAUAUCUGUGAAAAAAGCAUCAUUCCAGGAGAAAUCAAGGGGAUUUCUGUCACAAAGCUCUCCAGCGUUAUGCCUCACAUUUGAGAAGAGCGUAGGAUAUAAUGUGCCCUGUUUCUCCCAUAAGCCCUCUAUGACUGAGGCUGAUAGGCCUUCGAGCAAAAGAAAAAUUGUGAUUCUCUGUUUAUUUGCCCUUCUUAUCAUUUUGGGCAUUCUGCUGUUUUUCUUAUACAAUCCUUUCACUGGACCCCAGGAUCUACCCAAAGAGGAUGGGAUCAAAGCCAGGAAGAACAUGACAGCAGCCGUCUCAGUUGUGCCAGAAAAUCUCACACUUGCAACUCUAUUGGCAGCUGAAAUGGAAGAACCACAGGGAGGAGCCAUGAGGAACUGCUUGGAGAAAGCUGCUCAGGAGUUCUCUGAGGAGCCAAGCAUUGUGAAGAAGAACACCAGGAUGAUCCUGCAGUGUAACGGAACAAAGCGGGAGUUCCUGUCUGGAAAAGGGGGAAACCUCAUUGAAGUGGUCUGGAUCAAUGAGAAGGUGUCUUAUACAUUGGUUCAUGAAGCCCAUCCAGAUGUCCAUCUAGCAAGGCUUGGACGUCAUCCCUUUCCCCUCAGUCUUGGCAAUAUCUUUUGUGUUUUACAAGAUGUGAUCUCCUACAAUGGCUCAGAAGAGCUACAGAGUUGCCUCAGGGAGGCCUUAAAGCAAUUGCCCUGCGAACCAUUAAUAGUGCAGGACAAUGCCAAAAUGGUGGUGUCCUGCGGAGGGAAGAGCCUCACGUUCAUCUCUGGUGAAGGGCAAACUGAGAUUAAUGUAUACAGAGAAGACCCACAUGGGCCGAUUCAAUAUGUGGUGAAAGCAACAGGAAACGCGUGGUGGUCGAGAUAUUUCAAAAAGGGAAAGCUUUGCUAACAAAAAUGAAGAAAUCAGUGCAGGCAAUCGUGUUGUGGCUUACACAGUCUUCAGUAUUCAAUUGCAAAAUUAGCAAGAAGUAAUUGUUUGAAGUAAUUUUUAUAAGAUACAGUAUUUUGUUCAGUAUAUUAUCCAGCAUAGCAUGGUCCCUCCCCAGAGUGAAUGGCAAUGCUUAAUUGCAGAUUAAAUGAAGAUUCAUAAAAUAGUAAAGUAUGGAGAAAUGGUGAAUGAGCAGAGCUUUGCAUGACAAUUUAUUUCUACUAUAGAACUUAAGUGCUGAAUUUUAAAUUUCCUGUUCCACUCUCUGUCCAGAGUCGUCUUCAAUAAAAAUUAAAAUAAUA